AUGGGGAAUCUAGACAAGGUGAAGCACGGCCUGUGUGGCGACCCGAACUGCCCGAUGAACCGCGUGGGGACCAGGAAGCCGUUCUACAUCCGGCAAGAGACCCUUGUGCAGUGCAUCGAGCUGCUGCUGCUCACCGAGGAGACCGCGGGGAUCGUGACGACGUCCGGCGUGCCGGGAGACGGCAACGGGCCCCACGAGGUCUGGGUGGAGCCGACAAACUAUGGCACCAUGGGCGAGGUCCACAUGCCCCGGUAUGAGAAGCUGGUCUUCCACACGCACCCGCAGACCACAAAGGCCGCGAUGCCGUACGGGUGGUUCUCGGGCACGGACUUUCUGUACACGUUGCAGGCAACGAUCACGGACGGGCUCAAGUACCAUGUGCUCAUCGCCCCGGUGGGCAUGUUUUUACUCAGCGUAGACCGACAGUUUGUGGACUUUGUGAUGCAGGUGUCACCCGAGCGGCGCAGCAAGAUUGAACGGUUCAUCAUCAAGACCUUCAAGGCCUUUGAGCCACUCAGAGCAAACACCCUGGUGGCUGACACCGACCCCGAGUCGCCGAGGUUUGCGUUCUACCGGGCCGCAAACGCAAUUGUCAAGGACAUUCACGGUCUCUGGUCCGCGGCGCGCGGCGCACAGGACUUUUCUCAAUGGCGCCCGUCUAACGGGAGGGUCGGGGCUCCGCGGGUAGUAGAAGAACACCUCGGAGCCGGCAAGCGACGGGCAGAACGAGACAAUUGGACGGGGGGCGGGGCCAGCCCCUGA